UAAAUUAAAAAUCUUGAGUAAAAUUAACAGUGGUGAAACAUGAAAUUGGUUUGUAACGUGUUCGUGGGUAACAGGAGUGUACCAAAUCAAGCGGCGAUGAGGAGGAAACAUGUUAAGUCCACAUUGGCCCUAUGUAAACAUCCAAACACUAAGGAAUACUCAUUUAUACUAUUUAAUGGUCAAGUCAAGAAUGGCACGAAGUAUAAUAUCAAGGGAAAUAUAAAACAAGUGCUGACAAAGUUUGUAAAUGAAGGAAAGUGCACAAUACAGCUGAACAAUCCUCCACACGACUUGUUCAUACAAGCAGACACAAUACAACUGAAAAGUUUCCUCCAUUUAUUUAAAAAAGCUUUGGAGAACAAAUUGUCAGACAAGGAUGUAACAUGUUCCAGUCUGAGCGUCACCCCAGUGAGACAGAAGGACAUGGCUCCCACAAAACUAAUAAUAUUGAAAAGGUCUGACUAUCCCCCGAGAGGCUUUCCCAGAACAUUGGAAGUACUUUACAUCAAUGAUAUUCAUCGUGCCAGCCUGGACAGAGGAAUUCUUCAACUUCUGAGGCUGAGAACUUUGGAUUUAAGCAACAAUUGUAUUGAAUACCUACCACAAGAGCUCAGCAAAUUACCCAGUCUGAAGGAACUUACCUUGUCCCAUAAUCUUCUUGGUAAGGGUAGACCUAAACAAUGGAAUUGGAUCGAUGGAAAUUUGGCCAAAUCUUUGGUGUCAUUAAAUUUAAGUCACAACGAACUGAAUUUCGUACCUGAUCAAAUUAUAAAAUUGUACAAGUUGCAUUCUUUACAUGUAUCUAACAAUAAUCUAACUAGUUUGCCGAGUGGUAUAGGGAAUUUAAGGAAUCUCAAAGUAUUUUCUGCUUCUGACAACAAAAUUUCAAUACUGCCGGGAAGUAUCAAGAAGUGGAAGCUGCAAAAUUUGGACCUGUCCAAUAACAGUCUGCAGCCGUGCUCGCAAAGUUUACCGCCAUCAAAAAUUCCAAAACCACUAGAAGUGUGUACUUUGAAAGAGUACGCGGCUAGGGCGGUUUUAUUCGCAGAAAUUCCCUAUCCGCCAGGCACUGUGCCCCAAACUGUGGCAAAUUAUUUAGAUCACGCGCGAUAUUGCGUUUGCGGCAAAGCUUGUUUCGACAUCUACAUCAAACACAGUCACAUGCUCUUACUUGAUAACAUUGCUGAAGUUAUGAGCACCAAUCUUGGUACCAUGGUUUAUGUACCAAUUGAAUGUUACUUUUGUUCCGGCAAAUGUUUUGGAACAGCUUUCCACAACCGAAAUCGGAACCCUAUCAUUUGAUAGGACGCGGUUGAUAUUAAUUAGGGGCUUUAAAAUUGUCUGUUUUAAUUUAGCUGUGAUAAUUUUGAGAAAAUCAGCGAUUUUGUAAUGAGUCUCUCUAAUCUUCAGUUUGUUUUUUACGUGUAUUUAUUUUUUUUACUUUUAAUAAAAAGUGCCUUGUGAUUAUUUUGUGUUACAUCUUUAAUUGUUAGAUGAUUAUCAGAAAACUGACGCAGUAGAUUUCGAUGUUCAUUGAAAUAGCUUGAGUUCCAAAACAAUCUGGGCAUUUAUCACAGUUUUCUGAAAUAGUAUAUAUAUAGGUAGAUGACUAAGGAAAAUGAUUAAUUGUUUAUAGAAGUUUACUGUAGUUACUAUGUCUUAAUGAAUGUUGUACAAAUUUGUUUAAUAGAUAUAAGAAUAUUUUUUGCAAUUUUGAUGUUAAAAGUUUCUAAUAUUCUCUCGAACUAUAACUUUAAUUCAAACACGGUUUUUAGCUUUUAAACCACCCAUAAAUGUAUUUUGAUAUUGCAUGUUGUUAAACUAACAUUAAAUGUUAGAUUUCCUAUUUAAAACUACUGAUGUUUUAUAUUACAUUUUUUAUUGCUUUACAAACUUUUUGAUGUGCAGAUAUAAUAUCAAUUUAUGCAUGUGAUGUAGACAUUCAAGUUUUAAAGUUUAAUAAAUAUUCUCAACAAUA